UUACAUCCUCUUCGAUAUAAUUAAGUUAAUUACUUGGUAUUUGAGGGCCAGGGCGGGGACUAACACUUCGCAGGGUCACAUGUGAAUAUUCAUUCUCGCAGUGGCUGAUUCGUUCAUAGUACGCACUACGCGGAGUAUCGUAGUUCCUCUGCCGCUCUAGCGUUGAGGUACAUGAUCCCCUUCUUCAGUUCUUUCCCUUCAAUCCUUCGCCUAGCUUUGGUUCCACUGUAUGGUUGGAUCGUUACAUGGCUAUGUAUCUGCUACUAGAUUGCGAUUGCGCUUGCGCCGAUCUAUUCGGACCCUGAUUUGUGCCGUCUCAACCGCCGACGUGUCUCCCUCGACCUGCCUUGGUAAAAAUUGCCUUCAAAAGAACACCACAGCAUUCAAAUUAGCAGGAUACUGGGGACUGGGGACAGACAAAGAUGCCUGCAUUAACGGCAGCGCAACUGGCGGCUUGGGAUGAGACACUUCAGCCUGCCAUUUACGGCGUGUGCAUCACGUUUUUCGUAUUGGGUAAUAUUUCGGUGCCGAUGAGAAUAUGGUCGCAAUGGCAGAUACAUCGAAAGGCAAUGCGGGAAGAUUAUUUCUUGAUCGCGGCAUUGAUUUCUGCAGAUGUGGUCACAUUGGCUACCCUGAUCGCAGCGAGAAAUGGGUUUGGACAGCACGUCUGGAGAGUCGAAGCCACAGCAAUUGAUGCCGGGGAUAAGACAUUGAGCAAUAUGCAGUCUAUCUUCACUGGCAUAUGGUUGACCUCAGUUUUCAACGGGCCUUGUUUGAUUUCCAUCAAACUCGGUCUUCUCCUCUUUUACCGACGACUAUUCUAUACCAGCCAGAAAUGGCUCGCCAUUGGAUGGUGGGCCAAUUUGAUCUAUGCUGUUGCUUGGGCAAUCGGAUCAACUGUGUUCUUCAUUUUGCAAUGCUCUCCUACAUCCUACUACUGGGAACGAUUGAACCCAACGCUACACAUUACCGGGAAAUGUAGGAGCGCUACACAUAUCGUCGCCAUCCCACUUAUUCUCUCCACUGUUUCUGAUGCAGCAAUUCUGAUUUUGCCGAUAUUCGUGCUCGCGGGAUUGCGCUUAACGGCUCAGACGAAACUUGGACUUGUUGCACUCUUCGGAUUUGGUUUCAUUGCUGUCGGAUGCGGUAUUGCACGCCUGAUCGUGCUUGAAGUCGACACCGAAAACACUACCGAUCCCACCUACGGUACCGUUGCAUUCGAGAUCCUCAAUGUGGUCGAACUCAACCUGGCCAUUAUCUGUGCCUGCAUCGUGCCGAUAUUUUCCAACAUGCGCCGCCUAAUCAACGGCGAUAGUGCUAAGGCGACUAGCACACCACACCUAGCCAAGCAAACCUACGGUUUCUACCGCCAAGGUGAACCGGCGAGAAGUCAAGCAAGCGAAUAUUUACAUCUUAGUGAAUACCCUGACAACCAGCCCGGGGUCACAUCUUCAGCAACCAAGAACUUUUCGAGAUCCUUUUCUAGCUCUGGCAAUGGGGAUGCACCUCUAAAUGGGGUUAUCCAAGUAAAGACGGAGUUGCAUUUCAGCAGUGUAUAACCGGAUAUCUGGAGUUUGGGAUUUUGAAGAAUAAUAUACGCAUUGUUCCUUGUAACGACCUUAUUGAAUGUGUUUAUCUGUCAUUAAAAUAAUGAAACGAUU